AUGUUUGCAUCACGUAGCGACUUGCAGUCCCGUCUGUGUUGGAUUAUUCUAAAGGCAACUUUGUACUCAUCCUGGUUCCUUGGAGUAUUUCCCUACAGAUUCGAUUCGCGAAAUGGACAGCUGAAGCGCUCCAGAUUUCUAUUAUUCUACGGACUAAUCUUGAACUUCUUCCUACUUCUGAAAAUGGUGUGCUCAGGCGGUCAGAAACUGGGCAUCCCAGAGGCAUUUGCGCGGAAUUCAGUUUUAGAAAAUACACAUUACACAACUGGCAUGUUGGCCGUUUUCUCAUGCGUGGUAAUACAUUUUUUGAACUUUUGGGGAAGCACAAGAGUGCAGGACUUGGCCAAUGAAUUGCUAGUCCUUGAGUAUCAGCAAUUUGCCAGUCUGAAUGAAACGAAGUGCCCCAAGUUCAACUCUUUUGUGAUUCAAAAGUGGCUUUCUGUCAUUGGCCUUUUACUGUCAUAUCUGAGUAUAGCCUACGGACUGCCUGGCAACAACUUCUCCGUGGAAAUGGUGCUCAUAAACUCCUUAGUGCAAUUCAGCUUCAAUUGCAAUAUUAUGCAUUAUUAUAUCGGAGUCUUGUUAAUCUAUCGCUAUUUAUGGCUGAUCAACGGACAACUAUUAGAAAUGGUCACGAAUCUUAAACUAGAUUGUUCGGUGGACUCCUCGAGGAUUCGGAAAUACCUUUCAUUGUACCGCCGUCUUUUGGAGCUCAAGGGAUACAUGGUGGCUACGUACGAGUACCAUAUGACCCUUGUUCUUACAACUGGCUUAGCGUCUAAUUUUUUGGCCAUAUAUUCCUGGAUUGUGUUGGACAUCAGCAUGAACAUAAAUUUCAUCUAUUUGCUAAUUUUCCCACUGUUCUUACUUGUUAAUGUUUGGAAUCUUUGGUUGAGCAUUGCCGCCAGCGAUCUAGCUGAGAAUGCUGGCAAAAGUACCCAAACUGUACUUAAACUUUUUGCGGAUCUAGAGGUGAAAGAUAUUGAACUGGAGAGAAGUGUGAACGAAUUCGCAUUGCUGUGCGGUCAUUGUCAGUUUAACUUUCACGUGUGUGGACUUUUCACUAUAAACUAUAAAAUGGGUUUCCAGAUGAUCAUCACCAGUUUUUUAUACUUGAUUUAUAUGAUUCAAUUCGAUUUCAUGAAUUUGUAA